AUAAAAAUAAAAAAGCGUGAUUGGGUUUUGAUUUGGUGUGGUGUUGUUGUAUUGAUUCGAAGCGUGCGUGCGUGCGUAUGUAUUCGAAGAAGAGAAGAGAAGAGAAAGAGAAAGAGUGAAAACAAUGGGAGAAUCGCGAGAAGACAAGAUUGAAGAAUCAGUGGCUUCCGUUUUGGAAGAAGCUAAAGAGCUUCAAGACUCCGUCGCCGGCCACAUCUCUAAAUCGUUGAGCGACGAACAUCCUCUCCGCCAACGUGCUCUUGCUCUCGACUCCAAAAUCCUUUCACUUCGUUCUUCUCUCGAUUCUCUCCUCCACAAUAAACUCAUUAAUCACUCCCUAGCCGAUAAGUUAGAUGAAGAUUUGCAGAGAGCCAGAUGUAUUGUUGUUGAUGGUGAUGCUUCUUCGCUUCUUCCAGGACAUGCUCACGGGAAGUUUCUGAGAAUGUUUUUGGGGCCUAUUAAUGUUCGUGCAUCUCGGAAAGAUGUGCAGCUUAAGGUCAAAGAGGAAUACAACAGUUACAGGGAUAGAACUGCUCUACUGUUUCUGAUUUUCCCAGCAGCACUUCUCAUUCUAAGAUCAUGGGUUUGGGAUGGAUGCUUGCCAGCUUUUCCCGUACAGAUUUACCAGGCCUGGCUGCUAUUUCUUUAUACUGGUUUGGCAUUGCGAGAGAACAUAUUGAGAGUAAAUGGAAGUGAUAUCCGUCCAUGGUGGAUAUAUCAUCAUUAUUGUGCCAUGAUAAUGGCCGUUGUGAGUCUCACUUGGGAAAUAAAAGGACAACCAGACUGCGCAAAUAAGCAGAGAGGUGUACAGCUGUUCCUACAGUGGGCUAUGAUGCAAGGAGUUGCAAUGCUUUUGCAAAAUAGAUAUCAACGACAGAGGCUUUAUACUCGUAUUGCGUUGGGAAAGGCUAAGAGGAUGGAUGUUGUAUGGGGUGAAACAGCUGGUGUGGAUGGCCAACUGUGGUUGCUAUGUCCCAUACUUUUCAUAUUACAGGGAUUUGAGGCUUAUGUUGGACUAUUGUUGCUCAACACUGCAUUUGGUGGGGAGAUUUAUGAAUGGCAGGUAAUAUUUUGCGGUCUUCUGUUGGUGGUAAUGGCCAUUGGGAACUUUCAAAAUACAGUACAAACUCUGUUGGUAAAGUCAAGAUUUAAGGCAAAGAUGAGAAGAACCAAGAGCAAGCAGAGACUAAAUUAGCAAGUUGCGACUUCUUGAGCUUUUGGUAGGAUCAGAAUUUUUUUUGCGGUCUUUUUAAGUUUUGACCAUUGUGCAUGUCUAGUGAUAAUUUUGACUUUGUUGUAGCAUCAUACAUUUAACGCGACUAAAGCGUAAGUUUGGAUUUUAUAUCUACAAGUACAUUGUUUUACAACUUCAAUUGUACACUCUUUUGGGUUGCCAUCCUUAUUCUUGACGUGGUAGGUUGAUGAUUUU